AUGAAGCUGCUGAGAACUUUCCCGCAGGGGGUUUCAGUUUACAUGGAUAGGUACUUUACAUCCGAGGAACUACUAGACUUGCUCCACUCAGAACGAGAGGCAACAGGAACCGGUACACUCCAAAAACAGAGAAUCCCCCCUAAUUCCAAAUUGAAAGAGGAUAAAAUAAUGAAGAGAGAGGGCAGAGGGUCUGUGGACCAGAGUGUAAGGUCAGAUGGGCAGAUAAGUGUGGUGAAAUGGUUUGACAACAAGCCAGUACUGCUCAUAUCAAGUAAAGAGGGCGCUGAACCCAUUGAAACAUGCAGAAGAUGGUGUAGAAAAAGAAGAGUUUUCGUUGAGGUGAACAGACCUUUAGUUGUACUACAGUACAACUCACAAAUGGGAGGUGUGGACUUUUUGGACCGCUUAAUAAGCUAUUACCGCAUUUCAGCUAGGACUAGCAAGUGGACGGUAAGACUAAUCAUGCAUUUCUUUGAUUUUGCAAUCGCUGCGGGGUGGAUUGAGUACCGCCGGGAUCAGCGUGCCCUGGGUACACCAAAAAAGGAUAUGCUAGAUUUAAUGGGCUUCAAAAGAGAGUACGCUGAGUUCCUGAUUCACGGACAUGUUGGUGAGGGAACUUGA